CAGCAUCUCGGCUUUUAUUUUGUACUACAUUAACCGGACAUCCGGCUGCACUCUGAUGCCACAGCUGAGAAGUGAACACCGCGUCGGUGGAAACUGUGUGUACGUCAGGAGGAUUUACCUGUCUGCUGAGAUGACGCCAACCUGAGAGGACAUCAUGGACAACGGCAAGCCCAGCCGAGUGUCUCGGCCGCAGCGGAUCAGUGAAUCAUCGCAGGUGUUUCGCUGGGUGGACCAGGCUGCGGCGCUGCUGCAGGGCCUCAACGAGCAGCGGCAGCACGGCCAGCUGUGCGAUGUGGUGCUGGUGGCCGACGAGCAGCGGGUCCCUGCUCACCGUGCCCUGCUGGCCGUCUCCAGCCCCUAUUUCCACGCCAUGUUCACCCUCGGCAUGAAGGAGGAGCGCCAAGCUGAGGUGGAGCUGGUUGGAACGUCCUACAUCGGUGUGAAGGCUGUUGUGGACUUCCUGUACAGUGGAGAGCUGCCAUUAGAUGGAGGAAAUAUUGACUAUGUGUUGGAGGCUGCCCACCUGCUGCAGGUGUGGCGAGUUGUGGAUUUCUGCUGCCAGUAUCUGGAGCGGGAGGUGAGCGAGGACAACUACCUGUACCUGCAGGAGCUGGCGCUUCUCUACAGCCUGGAGCGCCUCGACGCCUUCAUCGACCACUUCAUCCUCCAACGCUUCGCCACGCUCUCCUUCACUCCUGACUUCCUGCGCGACAUCCCCAUGCAGAAACUCACCUCCUACCUCUCCAGCGGCCAGGUUCAGCACGACAGCGAGCAGGCUCUGCUGCAGGCUGCCCUCCAGUGGCUCAGCCAGGCGCCGGACCGGCCCGCCCACGCCAGGCAGCUCCUCUCCCACAUCCACUUCCCUCUGAUGCCCGUGGCAGACCUGGCCGGCCGGGUGUUGCCUGCUGUGCGGGCCCUGCUGCCAGAGGAGGCCGGCUGCGAGGCGCUGGUGGACGAGGCGCUGGGUUACCACACCCGCCACAGCGCCCAGCCGCUGCUUCAGACGGGACGCACUGCCCUGAGGGGAGGAGUGGAGCGGCUGCUGCUGGUCGGAGGAGAGGUGUCGGAGCACGGGGAGGAGCUUAGCGCAAAUGUCUGCUGGCUAGACGGUGAAGCAGGAAGCUGGGAGGUGGAGACCCAGCUCCCGGCCCAGCGCAGCCACCACUGCCUGGCUGUGCUGGGGGGCUUCAUCUACGCCGCCGGGGGAAGCUUGUCCCGGGACAACGGUGGAGACUCUGCCUGCAACCUGCUGUACAGAUACGACCCCCGCCACAAGCUGUGGAGCAAGGGUGCUUCAAUGAACCAGCGGCGUGUGGAUUUUUACUUGGGUGCAGUGGGCGAGUGCCUGAUUGCUGUGGGUGGGAGGAACGACACCGGGGCUUUAUCCUCUGUGGAGGUGUACUGUCCUGCCGAGGACUGCUGGUCUUACAUAGCAGGGCUGCCCAGGUUUACCUACGGCCACGCAGGGACAGUCCAUCACGGUGUGGUCUACAUCUCCGGCGGUCAUGACUACCAGAUUGGCCCGUACCGCCAUGACGUCCUCAGCUACGACCCGUCACGGGGCGGCGAUGUGUGGGUGGAGCGCCAGGCCAUGUCCCAGGCCCGUGGCUGGCAUUGCAUGGCCUCCCUCAACCAGCUCAUCUACGCCAUCGGGGGCAGCAACGAUCACGAGGACACCGCCGAGCGCUUCGACAUCCUGGCCGUGGAGUCCUUUGACCCCCGCAGCGACCAGUGGACCCGUGUCACGCCGCUGCUCCUGCCCAACAGCGAGGCGGGGCUCGGGGUUUGGGCAGGGAGGAUCUACGUGCUGGGGGGCUACAGCUGGGAGAGCAUGGUGUUCUCCAGAGCCACUCAGGUGUACGACCCCGUCAAGGGCCAGUGGUCCCGAGGGCCGGACCUGCCCAAACGUAUCGCCGGGGCCUCGGCGUGCGUCUGCACCGUGAAGCCCUCCUCGCCUCCCUCUCCGUCUCUCGAGAGGAAGAAGAUGGCACACAGGGGCAAAGGAACACCACAUCCCACUUGAAGAGGCUGAUGGAGGAUCUUUCUAUUUGCCCAAAAACUGAUGCUAAGCAGGGCCUGGCUUGUUCCUAAAUCUUUAAGCAGAAAUAAUAAUAAUAAUAAUAAUAAUAAUUACAAAAAGAGAGACUUUAUUAGACAUUCUCACAAGCCUUGAGGUUUGGCUGCAUCACAGCACAAUGGAGACAAGGAGCAAUAGUACUAACAUCAUAUUAACCACAGUGUUUCUGUGAUUAACACCAUAUGAAGAGUACAUAAAAGAAUAUUCUAUUGGAUGAACCGUCUGUGUACUUUGUGUUUACAGUGUUAACAACUAGUUCUUUGAAGAGGACAGUAUUAAUUUAAGAGUUAAAAAACUAAUUAUAGCUCUAGGAUUGACUGCCUCGAAGGAGUUCAGCUUUUUUUAAGAGUCCUUAAGCAGUGUGUCUGUCUCACAGGGCCCACAGCUGUACACACUUUGCUAAAGACAAAACUACAGGAGCAACACGGAGUAAAUGUGGAUGACAGCAGUGAAAUAGUCCAGCAACAGGAUGCUAUCUGAACACUGCCAGCAGUCCCUGAAAUACAAUUCCCAGUCCCCAUUAUUUAACUCAAAGUACAUAUACUACUGGUCAAAUAUUACUCCACUACCAGUUGCUCAGUCAAAUUUGUACUUGAGUUAAAGUACUCCAUUACUUUAACGCAUAAAAACUAAAGUAUUCAAAAGUAUAUUUUCUAAUAUCAGCUAUAUGCUACACAAAGCCUAUUAAAACGCCUGUUAAAUGCAGUCAACUCUACAAAAAGGACAGUCAGCAAGUGUAAUUCAGAUUUUUUUUUUUUUUAUUUAAACACAGGAUUGUAGUGGCAUACAGUAUAAGUACAAUAUUUUUAAAAAUGAUGAAAAACAUACUCAAGUAAAUAUACUUUAUUACUGUCCACCACUGGAUUAAUAAUAAUUUAAUGACUGAAAAGCGUCUCUGUAUGUGAUGUGACACACUGAAACCCAAAUCCUGGAACUGUUACAUGCUUUUUUUCUGAAGGUUCGUUCGACAGUGCCCAUUUUGCAUAUGCAGUGUGUAUGUACAGAAAAUAUACUUUGAUGUGCUUUCUAUUGUGUAUUGUAAUAAAAUAUGCAAUGUGUUUAAAAA